AUGGCGCAACUAGUCCCCCUCCCGGAAGUUGAACGUCUCAGCAGCACGGUAAUCCGCAUUCUAGGCGGGAACCCAGGAAAGUUCACACUGCAAGGCACCAAUACAUACCUCGUUGGUCGUGGACCCCAGCGAAUCCUCAUAGAUACGGGCGAGGGAAAGCCCACGUGGGGUGCCCGUCUUGAGUCCGUGCUAUCCGAGGAAAAAGCCACGGUGCAUCAGGCACUCUUGACGCAUUGGCACCAUGAUCAUGUUAAUGGGGUUCCGGAUUUACUACGGAUCUGUCCACAGGUGCAGGUCUUCAAGUCUGGACCUGGGGAAGGUCAGAGUGGGAUUUUAGAUGGUCAGGUCUUUCGGGUUGAUGGGGUUACUUUGACGGCGGCCCAUACACCUGGACAUACAGUUGACCAUAUGGUGUUUAUCCAUGAAGAGGAAGAUGCGAUGUUUACAGGUGAUAAUGUGCUGGGUCAUGGAACCGCUGUCUUUGAAAACCUCAAGGUCUACCUUUCUAGUUUACACCGGAUGCGAGAUCGGGUAUCCGGGCGUGGGUACCCAGGUCAUGGAGCCGUGAUCGAGAAAGCUAGUGCACGCAUCAGUGAGUAUAUCCAACAUCGCCAACAACGGGAAGAUGAGAUGCUCCGAGUACUACGCUCUGGAACGGUGGAAGUCUCAAAAGGGGAAGCCCUGCCCGAGCGUGAUCCUUUAAAAGAAUGGACACCAUUAGAAUUGGUGAAGGAGAUUUAUCGGGAUGUACCCGAAAGCCUCCAUUUGCCCGCAUCACAUGGAGUUCUGCAGGUGUUGAUGAAAUUGGAAGAGGAAGGGCAGACGGUGCAUGAUUCGGAGACGGGGGCUUGGAGGUUGGGUGGGAAAGCGGCAUUAUAG